UCCGUGUGCGGUCCGCCUGGGAGGUGGUGGCUCUUCUCUCCAGUUCUAGCCUCUCGGCCGCCCUGCGGGGCCCGCCGCCGCCCCCGCCGCCGCCGCCAUGCCCAUGAAGGGCCGCUUCCCCAUUCGCCGCACCCUGCAAUACCUGGGCCAGGGCGACGUGAUAUUCAAGGAGUCGGUGAAGGUCAUGACGGUGAAUUACAACACGCAAGGGAAGCUGGGCGAGGGCGCCAGGAAAUUUGUGUUUUUCAACGUACCUCAGAUCCAGUAUAGAAACCCUUGGGUGCAGAUCAUGAUGUUUAAGAACAUGACACCGUCCCCGUUCCUGCGAUUCUAUUUAGAUACUGGGGAGCAGGUCCUGGUGGAUGUGGAGACCAAAAGCAAUAAGGAGAUCAUGCAGCACAUCAAAAAAAUCCUGGGGAAGAGCAAGGAAACCCUCGAGAAAGAGGAGGAAGAGAAAAGGCAGCUCUCUCACCCUGCCCAUUUUGGCCCCCGGAAGUAUUGCCUGCGGGAGUGCAUCUGUGAAGUGGAGGGGCAGGUGCCCUGCCCAGCGCUGGUGCCAUUACCCAAGGAGAUGAGGGGGAAGUACAAAGCAACUCUGAAAGCCAGUGCCCAGGACUGAGGCCUUGGCUUCUGGGGCUGGGGGGAUCGGGCCUGACUGUGGGGUUUUCCUUGGCCACAGGAAGCCCCUGAUCCUGUCUGUCCCCAGAAAGACUCUGAAAAUCUGUUUACGAUAAAUGGGUCUCUUUUACACACCUGUGAAAAAGAACCUUGGGGAAGGGGGAGGAGGAACUGCAGCUGAGCUGCUAAAUGAAUACCCCUGUCCCUUUGUGCCAAUAAAAUGCUUCAUCUAGCA